UGGAAACACCAUAGAGCUUAGUUGCAUACUUGCAGUAAGUACUCUUUGGGUCAAGUUCAGCACUUCUUGUUUUCUUUUGACAACAGCCUUGCCGUGCAUGGAUUUUAUUAAAAAAACCUUUUCCCAAGUCCUUGUUUUGGGCAAUUAUUGCAAGAAGAAGAGAUUUUUUAUUGCACUCACCAGCUAUGCCGGCGUUUUGGCCAUCUAAAUCCGUUACGGAUUUCGGAUUUGAAUCCAGUGCCACGAAGAAGCAUCCCGUGCCCACAGUGCAAGACGAUUAUCAGGCGCGAUUCCACCAGGCUAUUGAAAACGGGUCAUUGGAUGCUGUGGAAUCUUUGAUACAUCAACACCCAGAAUUGUUACGCAAAACAUCCACUCUGAAUGAAAGUCCCGCUCAUCUGGCCGUUACUGCGAAACAAACGAAAGUUUUCCAAUAUCUCUUAAACCUAACCAAAGAUCCUAAUGCAACGAAUUCGAAAGGAUAUACUUUGCUGCACACAGCCAGUGCUGAAAAUGAUCCGCUGAUUAUAAGGGAGUUACUGAAACUACCGGAGCUUCUUGUGGAUACCAAACUUCCAUCCGGCGAUACGGCGCUGCAUUUGGCUGUACGAUGUGAUCAUCUCGAAGCGCUACGAGAAUUGUUGUCAUCGGCCCGAAUCAACGUCGACACUAAAGGCUGCAACGGCAAGACUCCGUUGCACGUGGCCGCAGCACUCAACCACCUGGAGUGUGCCAAGAUACUGAUCAGUCAUGGCGCGUGCUUAACCGCGCAGUCGGACACCGGUGAACAGCCAACCCACCGUGCCGCCGAAGCCGGAUCGACCGAGGUGCUGGACUACAUCCUCCAGCUGCCGGACUGUCCGGUGGACCAACUCCUUGCCGCGACCAAUGAGGAACAGGCUACACCGUUGCAUUACGGUGUAAACAGCGGCAACCGGGAGACCGUCCGCUUACUUCUGGAACACGGCGCACCUAUCAACGCUCAAAUGUUCGAAGAAUCGACGCCCCUGCAUUUGGCCUGCGCUCGGGGUUUCACGGAAAUGGUUGAAUUAAUGCACGUGUUCAAUGUCGUGGAGUUCGACAAGGUGGUCAGCAUGCAGGAUGCCCAGGGAAUGACGCCGAUGCACCGUGCCGCGAUGUUCAACUACUGGGAUCUUCUUCGCUUGCUUGUUGAAAAGCGUGCUGCCAUGAACGCCCAAGAUUUGCUUGGCCGGACAGUCCUCGUUUUGGCCGCUUCGUGCGGAUCAUGGGAUGCCGUCUCAGAGUUACUCAGCCUGGGCGCCGAUCCAUCCAUCACCAGUGCUAACGGUCAGAAUUUCAUCCAUAUGACGGUGGCUAUCGGCGGCAAUCCAGAGCGAUUUCGCGACGAUUUUCAGAAAGAUGCAGUCCAAGGUCUGCCGGCACUGAUCAACGGACAAGACCACGACGGAUUGACACCUCUACAUUAUGCGGCGCAGCAUGGAUUUGCCAGUUGUUGCGAAGGGUUAAUUCGUAUGGGUGCAACGUUGACCGCGAAGGAUAAACAAUCUCGAUCGCCACUGCAUCAUGCGGCUGCCAAUGGACGAUAUAACACCGUCAAAACAUUAUCGAGCAAUGCCGCUUGCUCGGUUAUCAUCAAUGAUGCCGACAAGAUGGGAUUAACAGCCGUUCACUUAGCGGCGGAAAAUGGACACAUUAAGAUUGUCCAGUUUUUGAUGUCACGAGCGGCCACAAUGUUACGCGACUAUCAGGGAUGUCUACCGCUACAUCUUGCAUGCGCUAUGGAUCAACAAGAUGUUGCCGAGCUGAUCAUUUCGACGCAUCCAAAUCUGCUCAACGCCAUAGAAAAGGACGGGAAUACGCCGCUCCAUGUUGCAGCCCAGCACAAUGCCUCAAAAACCCUGGCUUAUCUUCUACAUGCCAACGCUCAGUUGACCAUGAACGAUCAGAACCUCACGGCGCUGGAUCUCGCUAUCAUGAACCGACGCAAAGAAGCUGUGCUGGUGAUGAUGGAAAGUGAGCGAUGGAAGGAAAUCAUCACUGAACCAUCGUCGCUGUAUAAAUGGCCUGUGCUUGGACUCAUCGAAGAACUGCCGGGAGUUAUGUUGAGAGUGCUGGAUAAAUGUGUUUCCUCGGCAAAUACUGGCGUCUUAUCCAAAAACUAUUGGAUGCGUUAUGAUUUCGAACUGCUGGAACCGGAAAUCGCCAGCAAAGAUCCGAAAGACCAAUCCCGAGUGCAACCAUUGCAAGUUUUGAAUCAUAUGACAGCGUACAAGCGCACCGAGCUUUUGGAGCAUCCCGUGUGCAUCCGCUAUCUGGAUUCCAAAUGGCAUACCUACGGAGUGUACUUCCAUUUCUUCAGUUUAUUGCUGUACAUUGUCUUUGUCACCUUGAUGACGUAUUUGGUUAUUGUGGGCAUUGAGAUGGAUCUUCGUCCACACGUUCGGAAGAUGGACUCAGAACGUAUUAAAGCUCACAUGCCCGAUUUUAACGGCACCAGAUUUGGUCCCAUUAAUCUAAACGCUUUGGAAGAAGACUACAGCGCAUUGGACAGUACUUUACUGGCCCUCGUUAUUAUUUUUGCGGUGCUGAAUUUGGCCAAGAAAACCUUCCAGCUAACCAAACAGAAAUUGUGGUUCUUUUUCCAUUUGAUGAAUUGGUUCGAACUGACCUUAUACACUACCGCCAUCGUGUUCUGUGCGGCAUUCUACGAUGAAGAAGAUUACUACUUGUCGUGGCAGUCGCAAUGGCUUGUGGGAGCUACCGCCAUCUUCUUCACCUGGGUCAACCUCUGCUUCUAUCUUCAACGUUAUGGAGAAGUUGGACUGCAUGUCAUCAUCUUACUAACGGUUAUGCGGACGUUAAUCGAAGCCAUGUGUGUCUUCUUCGUGGUGGUCGUGGCGUUCAGCCUGACCUUUACCCUCCUCAAUCCCAUGAAACUGCUUCCUGAUGAUCCAGCUUUUUAUGAGCGGCAACACGAUAACGACCAGCUGGACGACAUCUACUUCACCGCUUAUUCUACCCUACAGACGUCUAUUUUACGUGUGUCCGAUCAAAUGAUUGGAGAUGCUGAUGUGAUCGUCAACUUUAUCAGCCCGAUCCAGAAUAAACUGAUGUUGUUUCCGGUGUCCACAUACAUUUUGGGGAUGCUGUCGAUGGCCAUAAUCACCAUGCUUGUUCAGGCUUUAAUCAACGGUCUCACUUUGGGUGAUAUUCGGAAAGUCCGAGACACGCUGAUACUGCGUCGCCGUGCUAUGCAAGUGGAUCUCCACGCCGAGAUUGAGGAGAAAUUACCGGCACGUUUGCUGAGUAAAUGGCGGAAGACGAAUGUGUUUGUGUAUCCAAACCGACUGCAGUCGCGAUUUUUAAAGGGUGUCUUCCGAUAUCUGACCAAUGCCGAUAUUAAAAUUGAUAAAGACGACGACAAAGCCUCUGAUGGGACCCUAAACAAGCAGAACGUUGACUGGGAACAGAAUGCUGUGAUUAUCAAGGCGGAACUAAUGGAGCAGAACACUGUAACCGACAGUCUGACUGCAAAAAUGGAGCAACAGCAAGAAUUGCUACGCUUAAUUGUGAUGCAGCUGGGCAUUACGCUGGAGAAUGAUGCCGGCAGCACGGAAGACGCAAAUCGCAAGCGGAAGUUCAGCCGUUACGUGGCUCAACGACAAAAGAGAACGUUUCCAUAAAAUCUAACUCUUAUUUGUGUCAUAAUAGCCUAUACCGUUUCUAAUUAAGUUAUGGUCUAAGAAAUUAAGCUAUUUUAAUUUAAGUUCAUAAAAACUUCAUACCCGCAGUUACUACAUUGUUGCUCACUUGCAUAAUUAGUUUUUAAUUAUUCCACGACAUU